UUGUAGAACCGUCUGUGACUCUCUGUAUAGUGUAUACACGUUUUAAUGGUGGCCAACACGAGCACACAGAGGAGAUAACUAAAGAAGGAAGAAAUUUGGAGAGACUCGCAUAUGUCGUCUUUCCCGCUCUCGGUCUGCACCGACAUACCAAUCAAACAAUUUUCUCUGCUUGGCGAGAUUUCUGUUCAUUAAUGUCUACGAUUCUCCCUGGGUAUUGCUGGGAAUGGGCUCUGUCCCCAUUGCAUUUUCUGAAAGUAAAGUAGUAAACCCUAGCUUCUGUUUGGUUUCCCGGAAAUUUUUUUAGGUUUUUGUCGGUAGUCCAAUUUUAGAUUCCGUGAUUUAUUGUACGUUAUCAUCUCAGUCUUUUACGAAGUUAAAUAAUCGCAAACGAAAUGUUGAUCAUUAUUUCAGUUAAUUUUUCUUGUUUCCAUGAAAGUGAAUAAGUGACCACUGCGGAAACUUUUGAUAUGAUUUGGUUUCCUUGAUUUACUUUUGUGGACUACCGUGUGGAUUAUUUUCCUUAAUCAUUUCCUCUCUUACAAACUCUGUUAUUUAUAUUACUUUGGAGAAGAUUCGUUUGCCCAUUCUUUUUUUUUUUAAAAGACGGAACUUCCCUUUUGAUGAUGAGUUUUGCUCAGAAUUUAAUCUUUUGCCCCGGGAAUUGUAAAUUAUAGAGUUCUUUAUGAGGCUGGAGCCGGAGAAGAAGAAGAUAGUCUAUGGAGGGCGGCGCAGAAAGAGGUUUGGAAUGCCAGAAGAUUAUGGAUGGGAAUGUGAAUCACGGUAAUGGUUUAGAGAAGGCCAUCCCUUCAUGCUGCUUAAAGGCUAGGGUUUUAGACCCUGAGCUUGAGGCAAAAUGCCAUUCUGCUGUUGUUUCCGGGUGGUUCUCAGAAUCUGGCUCUGGUAACGGUAAUAAAUGGAUUUACUUCAACAAUCCUAUGUGGCCUGGAGAGGCUCAUUCAAUUAGAGUAGACAAAGUAUUGUACAAGGGAAAAUCAGAAUACCAAGAAAUCUUGGUUUUUGAGUCAUCAACAUAUGGGAAAGUGCUUGUGCUAGAUGGCAUCGUUCAGUUGACUGAGAAAGAUGAAUGUGCCUACCAGGAGAUGAUAGCUCAUCUUCCUCUUUGCUCAAUUCCAUCACCAAAAUCUGUUCUGGUUGUAGGUGGUGGUGAUGGUGGGGUUCUUAGAGAGAUAUCUCGUCAUAGCUCUGUGGAAGUUAUUGAUAUAUGCGAGAUAGAUGAUAUGGUUAUUGAGGUGUCUAAGAAAUAUUUUCCAGAGUUGGCUGUUGGAUUUGAGGACCCUCGUGUACGGCUUCAUGUUGGUGAUGCUGUUGAAUUUCUAACACAUGCACCCGAAGGAAAGUAUGAUGCAAUUAUUAUUGAUUCUUCAGACCCUGUAGGUCCUGCUCAAGAGCUUGUAGAGAAGCCAUUCUUUGAGACCACAGCAAAAGCACUAAGGCCAGGCGGCGUUGUCUGUAGCAUGGCAGAAAGUAUGUGGCUCCAUACGCAUCUUAUUCAAGAUAUACUCUCUAUUUGCCGUGAAACAUUCAAAGGCUCUGUUCAUUACGCAUGGACAAGUGUCCCUACUUAUCCAAGUGGUGUGAUUGGUUUUAUACUUUGCUCAACUGAGGGUCCCCCUGUUGAUUUUAUUAAUCCCAUCAAUCCUAUUGAAAAGUUAGAAGGAGCUGCUAAACAUAAACGAGAGCUGAGGUUCUACAAUUCAGAUAUGCAUUCAGCUGCCUUUGCCUUGCCCUCAUUUCUGAAGAGGGAGGUCAGCUUCCUUCGUGAUUAUCCAACUGUGGCUCAUUGAAUCGUGUUCUCUCACUCGGUUUCUUCUGGCUACUGGCUUUCAUAUAAGUGGAUUUUCCUCCCACAUGAUACGAAAACUAGCUUUAGGUUGGUACUGUCGUAUUUAGGUGUAGUUGAAGCCAUGAACUCUGCCUUUGAGACCUCAGUGACAAACUUAUUUUAGAAUGUAUUAUCUGGCGUUGUGUCGGAGGUUUCUUUCAUUUGAUCAUCUGUUGAUAAUUCUUCAUUUCUUCUUGUCAAAGCACUCUCUCGGUUUCAUGC